AUGCUUACUACUGAACCCUUAUUUCUUAGUUAUCCAGUCGAUGAUAUUCCUUUGAUACUCUCGACUGAUGCUAGUGGCAUCGGCCUUGGAGGUGCGCUACAACAGGAGGCAGAAGGCGAAAUCCACAACUUGUAUUAUCAUUCGCAACUCAUGACUCCUACCAAACGUAAAUAUACUACUAUCGAAAAAGAAGCCCUUGCAAUUUAUAAAUGUUUUGCAAGAAUGCGAACCUUUUUGUUAGGUCGUACUAUUAUUCUUCGUACAGAUCAUUGUCCACUCUGUCAUAUCAUGGAAAAAUCAGUUCAUAAUAAACGCGUAGAUCGUAUUACUCAUUUGAUUCAAGAAUAUAAUAUUGAUAAAGUUAUCCAUAUCACAGGCAAAGAGAACUGUCUUCCUGACUUUCUCUCACGUUAUGCGAAUGAUAUCGACGAUGACCUUUUCGAAAUUGAUUAUGGUUUAGAGAAUAAACAGAGUAUACUUGCUUCCAUGAUAGCGAAGCUGCAGGACUCCCAGGACAACAACUGGGAUGAGUACUUGCAAGCGGUCGUGUUCGCGUAUAAUACAGGUACACAUAAGACGACAAAAUAUUCUCCUUACGAGCUUCUCUAUGGACGUGCUCCUCGUUUACCGAUCACUAUCCGUCCAUCACAUUUUACCUUUUCGAAGCCCAAUGACUACUUUGAGCAGCUACGCAAGACGUUACGCAUUUAUCAGAAGGCUGCACAUGAUCAUAUACUUAUCCAACAGAGCAAUGCCAAACGACGCUACGAUCUUAAUCGAGCCGAUCCGCAUUAUUGUAUUGGAGAUAGUGUUCUUAUAAGAUUACCUGGUAAUCGCGGAAAGUUAGAUCCUAGAUUCUCACUUAUCCCACACGUAAUUACUACGGUGAAUCAUCCUACCUAUGAAGUACAGGAUCUCGAGACGGACACCUAUACACAAGUUCAUGUGAGUGAUAUCAGAUCCAUUGCACUUGACUAA